AAUACAUUACACCAUUACACAACACAUUUAUUACUGAGCACAUAUACUUCCGAUUUGUUUGGUAAGAUCUAUGUACAAUAUUCUAACACUAUAUGAGCUGAUCCAUAUGAUCCCAUAUGGAGACUUAUACUCUGAGUAAAAUACCAUCCUGUAAGCCAAUAAUUAUUCCAAUAAAAGUUAAAGACUGUUGUUCCGACCAGACCAGUAUUGAUGCUGACACCAAGAGUCUAAAGGAUACAUUCAAACAACUUGGAUUUGCCGAACCUGAAGUUUUUAAUCAGGACAGCGACAGAGAUACAAUAUUAACACAAUUGUUAAAAAUAAGUGAAAAAUCAGAAUUUACAGUAGAUAGAGAUUUUUUAUUAUGCGUCAUAAUCAGUUACUGCCAUCAUAUGAAUGGCUGUUUUCAGGACGUCAAUAGUGUUGAUAUUUCUGUUGAUGAAGUAAUCCAUAUCUUUAAUACAGAAAACUGUAUAGGAUUAAGAGAAAAACCCAAGAUAUUUAUUCUACAGACGGAUGAUUCAAGUAUUUCCACAAAAAGUCCCUGGAAAUUUUCAAUAGAGAAAGAAGAAGAAACAAGACUGCCAACUCAGGCCGACAGUUUGAUUUAUCAUUGUUGUAUCCCGGGUUCUAUUGAAAAAUUAGAUUGGUCAAAGUUGGUCAAAGAGGAGGACAAAUGGAACACUAAUAAAGGGUCAAAGUUUAUUCAGACAUUCUGUAACGAGAUUGAAAAGCAACGAGAUGUUGAUAUUCAUCAAUUAACAUUAAAAAUUAAUGCCGCAAUGAAGGAAUAUGUAGAUGAGGUUAAUAGCCGGGAACUUGAAAAUAAAGACUUUGAGCUGAAUAGAAAUCUAGAACUUCCGAUCUGCACAUCACAGUUACUACGACAAUUUAUAUUUUGCCAAAGACAGAAGGAAACAGAAGUUUAAUUCUAGUGAAAAAAUUCUAUAGAUAAAACGUUUCAUGUAUAGUUGGAAUUAUUUCUCAGCAAAUUUUCAACUUGAUAUAAGAAGAAAUCAAACUUUCAUUUCCAUUUUCUUAUUUUAUACAUAAUUCUGUCCAAUUAUGAUCUGUUCAAACCGAUUCAUGUAGACACUAUCAUGUUUAAAUGUAUCAUUUCAAACAGGUUAAUAAAGUUUGGAUAAAAUCUUUUUUAAUGUUGGACAUUUUGUACUAUUUGUAACUGAAUAAACCACUUUGUAUUUUG